AUGCGAGAUGUGGUGCCAGCCCGACGAGAUGCUCUGAUGAAAGAGUGUAUUCGAUACCUCAAGGAGACGCCAUUCUAUUUUAGAGAGGAUUACGCCCAAGUGUUAUCAGGCGAGGAGGAAGCGGCUUUCGGGUGGUUAUCUCUCAACGCCGAUAACCGCACGCUUGCCGGCUACAAUCAAGACGCUAGUCUCGGUUGGCUUGAUAUGGGAGGAGCCUCCUUCCAAGUCGCCUUCGUCCCAACACGAGCGCAUUAUGUCUUGCAGAAUCUCUUCCCUCUAGCUUUGUCCCCCAGAGGAUAUUCCUCCAUUCGACUGUACACGAAGUCGUAUCUGCACUAUGGUUUGGUUGAGGCUAACAGACGAGUGAGCGCCGCGAUAAUAUCGAAGGAACUCCUGAGGGUGGACUCUGUGUCAACCAUCAACAAUCCCUGUUACUUUAAAGGCAUGGACUACCAGCCAGACUUCGCUACUGCACUAUUCCAAAUACCUUUGGCAGUGGCAGACUCACUCGGCUUGCACGCUACUGGAAGCCUUGAGGAGUGGCACCAAGCAACCCGGCGUGUAUGUUCUAUGGCUUACAAGGAGUUCACGACAACCUAUUCACACGUGAAACAUCGACGUCGAGAUGGGCUCUGCUUUGACGCCACUUAUCUCUACGUUUUGCUUAGUGAGUUUUUGAAGUUCGGAUCGGCAGUAAAUACAACUCUAGAGUUUAGAAAGUACACGAGAUCUGGGAUAGAGCUCGACUGGACAUCAGGGAGCGUUACCUACACUGCGAGCGCUACGCCGACAGUAACUAUCGCAGCUUACAGGAAAGAAGUUUCGCUGGCAUAUGUUGAGAGCCGGGAAGGCUUUCUGGGGGAAUUGAGCGAAGAGGCUUUGAAUGCUACAUUUGGGGAGACAGGACUCCGAGGAACCAAGCCUCUGUUCGUGGAUGACUCCUUCCCACCAUACUCGAAUGAUGAUGAUGAACUACUUGAGGAGUUGGAGCUCGAGGAGCUGUUAUCGUCGAGGGAGCCGGAAUUAGCAAGGAUACCAGAACUGGAUAUUAUGACUUGA